GUGGAUUUUACUUUACGUUGUUGCAAGUAGAAGUUCCUUCUCUCUCCUCCCUUGGGAGGCACAGCGUUAAGGGGAAACUUCAACACUGGAAGGCACGAGAAUAAGUACCUAAAUACGGACGCACGGAUCCGCUGCUGGGGGAGACACUUCAACUUUGGGAUCCCGAGACGGUCCGGGCGGCAGGAGAUAGUCCAUUUUUGAUUGAAGGAAGCUGCUUCUACUUGGGAGUGGCAGGAGAAGUAAGAAAACCACAUGGAAGACUCCCAGGAUUUAAAUGAACAAUCAGUAAAGAAAACGUGCACAGAAUCAGAUGUUCCAGAACCCCAGAAUUCCAGGUCUAUGGAAAUGCAGGACCUAGCAAGUCCUCAUCCUCUUGUUGGAGGUGGCGAUACUCCUGGUAGCUCCAAACUGGAGAAAGCUAAUCUCAGCAGCACAUCGGUCACCACAAAUGGGACAGGAGUGUCUCUCCUUGCAGUCAAAACAGAGCCUUUGAACAGCAGUGAAACCACAACCACGACUGGAGAUGGAGCGCUUGACACUUUUACUGGGUCAGUAAUAACAAGUAGUGGCUAUAGCCCCAGAUCAGCGCAUCAAUAUUCCCCACAGCUGUAUCCUUCCAAGCCCUAUCCACACAUUCUUUCUACACCAGCAGCUCAAACAAUGUCUGCCUAUGCAGGCCAGACUCAGUAUUCGGGGAUGCAGCAGCCAGCCGUCUACACAGCGUACUCACAGACAGGACAGCCCUAUAGCCUGCCCACUUACGAUCUGGGCGUGAUGUUACCAGGCAUCAAGACAGAGGGCGGACUCUCACAAACUCAGUCGCCGUUACAGAGUGGGUGCCUCAGUUACAGCCCAGGGUUUUCUACCCCGCAGCCAGGCCAGACACCUUAUUCUUACCAGAUGCCAGGUUCUAGCUUUGCACCAUCAUCUACCAUUUAUGCAAAUAAUUCAGUUUCCAAUUCAACGAAUUUCAGUGGUUCACAACAGGAUUAUCCAUCCUACACAGCCUUUGGCCAAAACCAGUAUGCACAGUAUUACUCUGCGUCAACAUAUGGAGCUUAUAUGACAUCAAAUAACACAGCUGACGGCACGUCCUCCUCGACCUCAACCUACCAGUUGCAGGAAUCUCUCACAGGACUGACUAGCCAACCAGGUACAGAUCUUCAUCCAGGAGAGUUUGAUACCGUGCAGAGCCCCUCCACACCCAUCAAAGAUCUUGAUGAGAGAACGUGCAGGAGUUCUGGGUCAAAGUCCCGAGGAAGAGGCAGGAAAAGUAAUCCCUCCCCGCCUCCCGACAGUGACCUGGAGCGCGUGUUUGUCUGGGACUUGGAUGAAACCAUCAUUGUUUUCCACUCACUGCUCACGGGAUCUUAUGCCCAGAAGUAUGGCAAGGAUCCCCCCAUGGCUGUAACCCUUGGACUCCGAAUGGAGGAGAUGAUUUUUAAUCUUGCUGAUACACAUUUAUUUUUUAAUGAUUUAGAGGAGUGUGAUCAAGUUCACAUAGAUGAUGUUUCCUCUGAUGAUAAUGGGCAAGACUUAAGUACCUACAGUUUUGCAACUGAUGGCUUCCAUGCAGCUGCAAGUAGUGCAAACCUUUGUUUGCCAACAGGUGUAAGAGGAGGGGUUGACUGGAUGAGGAAGUUGGCUUUUCGUUACAGAAGAGUAAAAGAAUUAUACAACACCUACAAGAACAAUGUGGGAGGACUUCUUGGCCCCGCCAAGAGAGAUGCGUGGCUGCAGUUGAGGGCUGAGAUUGAAGGUCUGACGGACUCCUGGCUAACAAAUGCACUUAAAUCUUUAUCAAUUAUUAGUACUAGGAGUAACUGCGUAAAUGUCUUGGUAACAACAACCCAGCUGAUCCCAGCACUUGCGAAGGUUCUACUCUAUAGUUUAGGAGGUGCUUUUCCCAUUGAGAAUAUUUACAGUGCAACUAAAAUAGGCAAGGAAAGCUGUUUUGAGCGUAUAGUGUCCAGAUUUGGCACUAACAUAACUUAUGUUGUGAUUGGAGAUGGCCGAGAUGAGGAGCAUGCCGCUAACCAGCACAAUAUGCCCUUUUGGAGGAUAUCAAGUCAUUCAGACCUCUUGGCUCUACAUCAAGCACUGGAAUUAGAGUAUUUGUAACUGUGUUCUCUAGCUGGAGAUCCAUUUU